AUGGUAGACGAUCAUCAUCGUCAUAACUCGGAUACUAAUCUUGAUUCCUCGACGACGUCCGAUGUUGCUUCCCAAAGCUGUGAUAGCAAUAACAUCAAGAACCCUAAUAACAACAACUCCUCCUCACCAUCGUCGUCCUCGUCAAGCGAGAAGACUUGUAGGCGUUUCAAAGCUAAGGAUUUUUGGAGGAUUUACGGUGCUUUGAUUUCCGGAUGUUGUGGCGCUGCUAGCAAUAAUAAUAAUCAUUCUUUGCUACCAAUUUCUCCGCCGCCAGAGCGGCCGCCGGAGUCUUUGUCGACAUCGCCGUCAUCUUCUUGUUGCUCUGAUGUUGGUAAGGCUGGUUUGGAAGACGGUGAUCAGCCAGCGCCUGGUCUAGCACCCAGAUUCGAUUCCCAAAGGGUUGAAGAAGAACAAGUAGAGAACACAACAAUGAAUGGAAUCCACAGCUGUAGAUACACCACCACAGCAGCAGAUCAAUCCACCAGCAGCACAACCACAACUCCCAACGGCACAACAUUGAAACAAAAAAACAAAGAGAAGGAAGCAGAUUUCCUCCGAACCAUCACAAACCCUCUCUCCAGAAUCGCCAGCAAAAGGAGCCCUUCCCCUUCCCCGAAAUCCUCCCCGUCCACUUCCUCCAAGAACGGCAGCAGCCGGCGGAGCGUCUCCCCUCUAUCCUUUGUCCACCGAUGCAUCACCGGACGCAAGGCCGCCGCCGCCACCACCGCCACUCCUCCUCCCGCCGACCACCACCACCACUCCCCCUUCCCCGCUGCAACCCCGCCUCCAUCCACGGGGAACGACAGCCAGAGAAUAACACCAACAACAACCACUACUAUUAAAGAUGGGGCCGGGCCUACGGCUUCGCUGAGGAGAGACGCUAGCGUGAGAAGCACGACGCCGAUCAUGUUCUCCAACUCCACCGGCCGGAAGGUGAAGCCUCCGCCGGUGCAGCAGAACUUGGAGUGCACCCUCGAGGAGUUGUUCUAUGGUUGCACUAAGAAGGUCAAGGUUACCAGAGACGUCCUCACUGACCGAGGGCAAAUCGUACAGGAAGAGGAGACGCUGUCGAUCCAAGUGAAGCCCGGAUGGAGGCGAGGCACCAAGAUCACAUUCCAAGGCAUGGGGAACGAGCGGCUCGGAUCCGAACCGGCCGACGUCACGUUCGUGAUCGUCGAGAAGCGGCACGCGCUGUUCCAGCGAGUAGGGGACGACUUGGAGAUCGCGAUCGGGAUCCCUCUAGUGCAGGCGCUGACAGGGUGCGACAUCUCCAUCCCGCUCAUCGGCGGCUCCGGGGAGACGAUGAACCUCGCCAUCCAGGACGUCAUCUAUCCUGGGUACCAGAAGGUGAUCCCGGGCCAAGGAAUGCCGAAAUCGAAGGAGGAAGGAAAGAGAGGCAGCCUCAGGGUUUUGUUCUUGGUUGAGUUCCCAGAUGAGUUGACAGAGGAGCAGAGGGCGCAGGUUGUUAGCAUUUUAGAGGAGGAGGCUGGUUCUUGA